UAUUAAUAAAUUCAUAUACAAACACUAUUUGAUUGUUUUUCUUUGGUACUAUUUAUAAAUUAUUCAAUCAAUAAUAACUAGCUUACUGAACGAAACUUAAUAUGAUCUUUCAAUUGUAUGUCAUUAUAUCUCAUAUUAUCAUUAUUUUUACAUUUAUAGUUACUUUUGCUUUAUAUACACAAAACAAACUCAAUACUCAAGUGAACGUAUACUCUGAAAUAGAUAAUGGUGAUGGUGAUUACCUCAAUCAUGAAACUUAUAAAAUUAAAAUAGAAAAAAUUAAAAGAUUUCUCCAUGCUGAUAAAACAUUUGAAACUUCUACAAUUAAUCUUGCCAGGGAUUAUUCUUUUGAUCAUACUAAAAUUCCACAUAAAGAUUUUAUUAAUUGGGAAACUCAGGAGGACAUUUUUUUAACAUUAUGUGAUUUUGGUAUUCAAUUAUUAAAAUAUUAUACAACAUAUAAAACAAGUGAAAUGAAAUUACUCAUUGUUACUGACAUAUUAAAAAGAAUAAAAAUAAAAAUAGACGACAAUGUUUCAAAAUAUCUUAAUAAAUGGAUCACAUGGCAUAGAGGUUUAAGCUAUUUAUUAAAACUAUUAGCGAUAUAUGAAUAUGUAGCACAUGAUAACUUUGUAAAACAUUUUAUUUGUCAUGAUUUAAUAGUUAAAAUUAUACCAAAACUAGAUCAAUUAUUUGAUAUAAAAAUUAAUGACGAAAAAAUAAUACUUUUCGCAAUUCCCAGAUUAUUAAGUAAUUUUCUAUUUGACCCAACAGCAUAUGAAAAUGAUAUCAAGAGUAAUGAAUUCAAGACACUUGAUAAAUAUUUUUGUAUUGAAUAUAAUCUAUCAGAUGAUAUUAAAACAGGAUUAUAUAGCGAUGGAUCUUGUAUUAAAGAUAAUUCGGUAGUUAGUUAUCUUGAUUUACUACCUUUGGUUAGAAAAAGAGAUGCAUUUUAUGAUAAAAUGUAUACUGCACUUGGCUUCAAAGUUAAUUAUCGAGAACGAGUACAAUUUAUUCUUAAAAAAUUAUUACAUCCAUCUAUUAAAUAUCAUAUAGUAGGUUUAUUUGGAAAUUCAUCAAAUAAAAUACAAAUUCCAGAUUGGUGGAAUUUAGAAUUACUUGAAACAGGUGUUCAUAUAUUUCCAUUCACUGGUAUAGGAAUUUUUAAAAGACAUAAUAUCCUUUUUGCCAUUCGACUCCAUCAGUUAUCUAUUAAUUCUCCUGUAAAAAAUAAAUUCACUUUAGGUUUAAUGCAAUUACGGAAAAUUUAUCAAUUAGAUGACAAUGAAGAAUCAGAACUUUCUGAGGAACAAAUUAUCCAUGAACUGGGAGUUAUUAGAAUUAAAGGAACUGAUACUCAAGAUAUCUAUAAAUGUAUUCCAAAGGAAUCGUAUAUUGGCAAACUACUUGAUAUUAAUUUAUUAUUUUGGAUAAAUAAAUAUACAUUGUUAUUGCCAUAUAAGUGCGAGGUAACUGAAAUUGGAGUAAUGACCAACGGUGGCUUAGUAUCAAAAUAUCAAAUUAAAAAUAAUGAAAAUGAUCGAUCAUUAAUAUUUGUUAGUACAAAUACUCAUAAUAAAAAAAUAGAAAAUGUUAUAAAUCCUGGGGUUACUAGUACUUUCUCGAUAAAAAUUAUACUUGAUGAUAAUGAAACUGUCACAAACGUAGAUUUUCAAUCUGAUAAAUUAAUGGAAUUUGAAUAUCAUAGAAAAAAAUAUGAAUUAAUAUCAUUAGAUCAUCAAAAUUCUUAUAUUGUCAAAUGUGAAAAUAAACCAAUUAUUGGUGGUACUUCUAGUAGUAAUCCAUUUGAUUUUAUGAUUUACGACAAUCAAAUAUUUAAACGAUAUUCAUCCUUCAUGUAUGAACCGACAAUUAGCACACACAAAAUGAAUGAGUAAUCAAAAGAACGAAGAGAAAAGUAUUUUUAAAUUCUUAGAAUAAGUUGUUUUAUGAACAACAUUCAAUAAGAAACUGAAGGAAUCAUCGACCCUAACCUAGAGACACUGAGUCUUCUGAAAUUUAUAAAUUGGAAAACGAUUUUCUUUUCAAAGAUAUAGAUUUUAUACGAAUCUGUGAUUACUACAAAAUAUUUUUUU